CGUCGCCGUGCCGCCACCGCCAGUGCUUGUCUGGUCAUCUGCGUUUUGUGUCAGCAAGUUUGGAAAAACAAAUUAAAUUGGCACGCAUUUGCAGUCCCAGCAUUUUUGAGCAACGGUGUAACGUUUGAUUAGUCAACUGAUCUACACUCUGGCUUUGCAUCGAGUCUGUUGUUGGACCUGACAAAAUGUCAAAGAUACCAGAGGAGAUUCUUCGUCUUUCUGACGAGCAGUUGCGACAGGCCUUCUUGGACCGAGAUCAUCCAGUGGGUCCUGUGACUGACACCACACGGAAAGCAUAUCAAAACAAGCUUGCUUCCCUGAUGGGGACAGGAGGAAGUCGGAAAACGGCCACACCGAAAAAGAAGAAGCAAAGCAUUGCUGCCAUGAGUUCGGAGGAAGAUGAGCCAUCGCCUCCUCCAAAAGCCGCAACGCCUAAGAGGAAGUCUGUGGCACCAGUGGCACCUGUCACCCCUGUUGAAACCACUUCAAGAAGGAAGCAGGUGAAAGCCACCCCCAAAGCAAAGCUGCCGACUCCCUCACCCCAAGUGUCUUAUGACACGGGCUCAGACAGCGACGAGGUGGAGCCUGUUAGAGACUCCCGUAGAACUACCCACACUUAUUACAGACAAGUCUGCCCAAGUGGGUCUCCGCCAGUGUCGUCAAACCCUCCAUUCAUGUCCGAUUUCGGGAAGAAGCUCAGUCUGAGUUUCAAUGGCCACACUCCCGCCAGGAACGACUCGCCACAAAAGAAAGUCUUGUCUCAAGAGAGUGUCGGACACUCCUGGGUCUACAAGUUCUUUACCAUGGUGUUGCCGGUGCUGCUCGUAGCUUUCUUUGCCUUUCUGGCUUACCAGUAUGCAGGCAUGCCGGCCGCUCCAAAGGGAAUCUCUGAACAAGUUGAACCUAUUCUCAAAGAUGCUGAAUUUGAUAAGGACACCCAUUUACCAGUGUGCAAAGGGACUCAGGUGCCUGGAAUAAACUGUGUGCUGCAUUCAGACAUUCGGCCCACAAUUGAGAACCUAAGACUGUUGUAUCCCUUCAUAAAGCAGACCUACAUUGACGCUGUUUGCUCCUCCAAAGCUGAUGCAAACAAUGGACGAGUUGAUUUCAAUGAUAUGGAAACCCAGCUUGAAGCCAGGGGCAUCUCGGAUGCUGAGUCUGUUAUCAACAACAUCCGAGUUUUGAUCCGAAACAAUCCAGAUUGGGGAUUUGACGUCGUGAAUCAAGGAAAAUCUUUAACCCUGAAAAACCCCAGCUUGCCAACACUUUGCUUCCUCCGACUCAAGAUUGCUGGUGUUUUCGAUUCACUGAUUGUUGUUGUUGCUGUUAUCCUGAUUAUGCUGGCUCUACGGUGGGUGCACAAAAGCUGGACAGAGAAAGUUACGAAGGACGCAGCAAGGAAGACUGCGCUUAUUAACAGAAUCAGAGACCGCAUGGAAAGCACUGAACUGUCCAAUGGACCAUUCAGCGUUCCAAUUGACCAACUGAGAGACGAACUCCUUGGAGCAAACAAUGUCAAAUCAAUGAGCAAAGUCUGGAACGAGGCUCUGGCAAAUGUGCUCAAGUAUGACCCUGAGAUCAGGAUGGAGACCAAGCUUGUGGGUGGUGAAGAAGCGGACUGUCUUGUUUGGAUCCGGUCAAGGUCGCCGCAUUCAACUCGCGUGAGCCAGCAAGGUAGAGAGGCUACAGCUGAUAAAUUAGAGCAGAUGGAUAACUCUUCUCAGUCGUCCAAGGAGCACAUGAGCAAGGUUUGGCAAGGCCAAGCUUUUGAGAACGUUGAAGGCUCUUUCAACUCGCCCCCAGUGUGCCCAACUCAGUGUUUGAAGAUCCGACACAUGUUUGUCCCUGAUAAGCCUGCUGGUUCAGACGGAGUGGUUGAUGCCAUUUUGGAGAAGUGUGGACAGAACGUCAACAUUCUUCACAUUAAACUGGACUCAAACGCAAAUGAUUGCUGUGUCUACAUGAAAACUGCAAGUCAAGCUGAUGCAGGACGCGCCUUCCGUGCUCUUCACGGCUGGUGGUUUGAUGGAAACUUGGUUACCGUGAAAUUCCUGCGUCUUGAGCGCUACCAUGAAAGGUUCCCUGAAGCCAUCAACGCUUGCAUUCCCCUGCGUCCUUCCAACAACACGAAGCUCGCCUCACAAGGUAAACUGUGGCAGUCCAACGAAAAUGAAGUAGAUUAACGUGGCCAAAUAUCGCACUAAGGGCUAGCAGAGGACUAAUUCCAGUAAAGCACAUUGCUUGUGGUUUCCUGCUGCUGUGAAGAACUUAAGAUCAGUGUUUAGUGCAAGUGGCAAAUCUUGAAGAAUUAGUGAACCAGCCACCCUGUGAAAGUUCAACAAUGAUUUUAAACUGCACUCUGAGCAUAUUGCGGGACUUAAAAAAGUGAAAUAGAAGCACUUAUUACUGUGCAGGGCUUAUAACUAAUUAACAGCGUGGUCUCCGUUCUUUGAGAAAAACUUAAGCCCAAAAUUGUUGUUAAAAAGUUCUUCGUCAGAUUACUGUUGGUCUUAAUUCAUCAGCACAUUGACCUCAAACACGUAUUUUAAUUUUGAUCUGUGGACGUAAUAUUAAUUAAUUUUUCCAUUUAAGUAAUAACUAUGCAUAUUUUGUGCUUGCAUGCUGUUUUCAAUGUCUUUGUAAUUAAAUUAAAGCGCUGUUGCUUUCUAAGGUUAUAAAAAAGAUGACCACUGUAAACUUGUUUGAAUAAAUGAAUAAAGACUGGAUGAAAUGUC